UAACACACACACACAUGAUCGGGGGCUGCCAGCCCGCCGCCUGCGUUGGAAGGGUCAAGCCCCCUGCAGAUCCUCCGAGGUGUCGCCUGCAGACAUGAGAAUCAUAGCAGGUGUCGGAGAUUCCGGAGGAAAAGAGGAAAGCGACUUAAUAGACAUUAGCCAAUCAGAGUUAGAUAUGUACGUAAACUACCAGCCCCUGAUGCUCCUUCCUGACUUUGACAGUUCUUCUGUGCAGGUCUCGCACCUGAGCUCCACCCCAUCUCAGUCCCUCAGCACCAUGGUGGGGCCCCCUCACCACCACCCCUAUCACCACCACCAUCAUCAUCAUCACCACCCCUCCGUCAUCAGUGCCUCUGUCAACCCCGGGCAGCCCCUCCCGUCUCCCAUGAGCACCCUGGGCUCGCCAUUCAACGGGCAGGGCAGCUCGCCGUACUCAGUCAUCACCUCGUCAUCUCUGGGCUCCCCAAGUGUCUCCAUCCCCCCUACUCCCACCAUGGGCUUCAGCACACUCUCCAGCCCACAGAUGAACUCUCUGAACAAUGUGAGCAGCAGUGAGGACAUCAAGCCUCCUCCAGGCCUAGCUGGACUGGGUCACAUGAACAGCUACGGCUGCAUGAGCCCAGGGUCCAUGUCCAAGCACAUCUGUGCCAUCUGUGGGGACCGAUCCUCAGGGAAACACUACGGCGUGUACAGCUGUGAAGGCUGCAAGGGCUUCUUCAAGAGAACCAUCAGGAAGGACCUCAGCUACACGUGUCGAGACAGCAAGCAGUGCCUGAUCGACAAGCGCCAGCGCAACCGCUGCCAGUACUGCCGCUAUCAGAAGUGUCUGGCUAUGGGCAUGAAGAGAGAAGCGGUGCAGGAGGAGCGUCAGCGGGGCCGGGAGAAGAGUGAUAAUGAGGUGGAGUCUACCAGUAGUUUUAACGAGGAUAUGCCUGUUGAGAAGAUACUGGACGCGGAGCUGGCUAUCGAACCCAAGACUGAAGCUUGUAUGGAGGCGAGCGCAGGCAACUCUAAGAACGACCCGGUCACCAACAUCUGCCAGGCAGCAGACAAGCAGCUGUUCACCCUGGUGGAGUGGGCCAAGAGGAUCCCGCACUUCUCUGAGCUGGCCCUGGACGACCAGGUCAUCUUAUUACGAGCAGGUUGGAAUGAGCUGCUCAUUGCCUCGUUCUCCCACCGCUCUGUGACAGUGAAGGAUGGUAUCCUAUUGGCCACGGGGCUCCACGUACACCGCAGCAGCGCCCACAGUGCCGGAGUGGGCUCCAUCUUUGACAGGGUGCUGACGGAGCUGGUAUCUAAGAUGAAAGACAUGCAGAUGGACAAGACUGAGCUGGGCUGCCUCCGAGCCAUUGUUCUCUUCAACCCAGAUGCCAAGGGCCUGUCUAAUCCUACAGAGGUGGAAGCCCUGAGAGAGAAGGUGUACGCCUCACUGGAGUCCUACACUAAACACAGAUAUCCGGAGCAGCCUGGCAGAUUUGCCAAGCUGUUGCUGCGUCUGCCUGCACUACGCUCCAUCGGCCUCAAGUGUCUGGAGCACCUCUUCUUCUUCAAGCUGAUAGGAGAUACGCCCAUAGAUACUUUCCUCAUGGAAAUGCUCGAAGCGCCGCACCAGAUCACAUGACACAAGUCUUACCCAUUGUAAAUACCCCCUAAACCCAAUUCCCAGAUCCCGUACCCCGGAGUACAACUGCUAUGAAGUCAAACUUGAGAGUUCUUCACUUGCAUAUUUUGUACCGAGCACAAUUAAUAAUGUGAAAAUAAAAAAGUUUCUAUUGGUAUUUUAAGAAAUG